GAAGAAAAAAAAACUUCUUGUUUUUAUUUUGUAGAAAAAAAUAUACAAAUUUUGCCAGUGCUGAUGGGAAUUUGCGUGGGAGAUGGGCUAAAAUCUACAAUUUGUGUACCUGUUGUUUGUUUUACAAGCAAAACCCUUUUUGUUUGCAAGUGAGAAAAAAAUAUGUCGAUUAUUUGCACAAAUUCCACGUCUGUGCGUGAAAAAUCGCAGCAAAGCCAUCAAAGAAGGGAAGAAUCCCAGUGAAAAAAGAGAGAUUACGGCCAGCACAGUGGUGCCCCAAAGGAGUGUAUGGUGGGUGUGUGUAGCACCUGAUUUUUGGGGAUUCUCCAGCAGAGUGAGAGAAAUUUUGCAGCAAUAUGUUUACGAAAAAGUCCCAUACUGAUGUGAAAAAGUCCACCCUGAAGAUUCAGGACUGCAAGAAGGACUCCCAGACGCGCCUGAGGCAUCUCAAAACCAUUCUGGAUCAUGUGGAUUUGGAGGAGGCAAAGUCUCUCUUUGAAAGCAACUACAGUCACGUGUACUACGUCCUGUACGACACCUUCAUUCAAGCUGAAUCAAAUUUAAAACAAAGAGAGCUCUCAUUUCAUAUUGUUCACAAAGCGCAUCGUGAGGAAUUGGAUGGAUCACUAUGGCUCCUUGGGAAGAUCCUGUGUUUGCUGCCGGAGCUGAUUGCAAAGCGCUGGCAAUGUCAUUCGCUGGGGAGGAUAAUGAACAAGUUACUUCAUCCUGGGAACAGCGUAAAGCUCCGUCGGGAAGGCGUGAGGUAUUUUCUGCUGUGGUACCAGGCAAUGGGGGAGAAUGCUCCGCCGCAGGUGCACACGAUGUUUGCGGAUUUGGUGCCGGGAUUGAGUAUCCCCCAGAAGGGUGCUGGUUUGAAUUUGGACACCGAAUACGCCGCAACGGACAUUCUGAAUCAUCCCAAUAUGAAAUUAGAAAUGGGAACGUCUGUUUUUCACGACACCGGCAUCCAUCCGGUGCGGAGCCCUGAGAUAUCGCCCCUUCUGCCGCCAGGAUCGAAUGAACGCACCGCAGCUCCGGAUCCACGCGAUGGUUUGGAGAUUCUCCUGGAUUGCAUGGUUCAGGCCACGGGGUGCAUAAAGUGGCGCGAGAAUACGCCCCAGAAGCACAUGCGGAGCUUCCACUUCCUGCUGAAUCGAUUCCAGGAAGUCUAUUUGCCGGUAUUUUGUCCCAAUUUCGAUCACACAACAUCAAUUUAUGAGCCCAAAUUGGAUUUGCCGAUGAUGCGAACAAUCAGCCGGCGCGACGAGGUGAUGAGCUCGUGUGUUGUGGUGCUGGUGAAUUGGAUGUCACGAUUCACACACGAGAAGGGGGCACACAAUAGAAUGGACAGUAUUGCCAUGGAGGAAGACAUUGGUGAGAAUGCGAGUUUACUGUGGAAUCUGCGUCAAAUGGGCUUUUCUCAGGCACAAUUGGUGCGCGAUGUGCUCUACUCGACACGUGAGACUGUUAAUUUUGUCCACGAAGUCUACAGGCAGGCCUUCCUCUUGGGCUACACAUCUAAAGCACAAAUUGAGGCAAUAAAAAUUGCAAUAGCCGUAUAUCGGGAUUGGAUGAGUAACACACCACCGCCAUUCCUCCUGGAGCCCAAUGAGGAUGGUGGGCAUGGGGAGAAGGUGCACAGGAAUCAGAGACUUCGCACGGACUCAUACAUUGGUGCUAUCUACAAGGAGAAUCUCAUUAUUCGUGCUGGACUGCAGAAUGUCUUGCAGGUGUUUGUUACGCAUGCAUCAAAUGUCUUUAUGAUCCACACGGAACAGCUGAACAUAAUCUUCCAGUCAAAAUCACGAGAUAUAACAACAUCAGCACUGGAUGAGCAGACGGACAUUUGCAAGAGAGUUCUCAACAUCUAUCGCACCAUGGUGAUGAAUACGCGAAUGGAUGGGAGGAGUUGGGAGCAAUUGCUGAUGGUUCUGCUGCAAAUAACUUCCGUCAUUCUCAGUGACAAUGCAUCGAGUUCGAAGAAGAACACCCUGGGCGGGAGAUUGGCUCAGCCAAUCUUCCAGACUCUCAUUGUUACGUGGAUCAGAGCUCAUACGAAUGUGCACGUAAAUACAGCCCUGUGGGAGAAAUUCCUCUCGGUGCUGUCGUCGCUAACGCACAGGGAGGAAUUGAUAAUUGAAUGGGAUAAAACAAUGCAGACACUGACGAGGGUUCUUGCAAGGCAGGUGUACAAUUUAAAUCUGCAGGAUUUGCCCCUUGAUCGUUUGGCUGAGAGCAAGGGGAAGAGAAGACGUGGAGUGUCAAUUUGGCAGCAGAGUGAUCAGCAGAGUGCUUGUGAGGGACAAACGACGCCGAGUUCGUCGAAAAUUGAGCAUGUUGACGAGGGGGCCAAUGGGCAGCAGGCCAGGGAAGCUGGGAAUCAAGCUAGAAGCAUCCCAGGAACACCGGCUCUCAAUCGUAGCUACAGCGAAGGUAGUUUGGCACCCAAUACAAAGCGCCUCAGGAGCCGCAAACGCUUGAAACAUCACAAAGUACCCCCACUUCCGGUGAAUGUUGAACACUCCCUCAGUCGUAUGCUCUCCAACACUCCAACCAAUUUAAGUAUUAGCUCCGAAGCUCUCAACACAUCCCGAUCCAUUCAGGCAGCUGGUGGGGAAUCCAACACAUUGAGGCGAGCUCUCUCCCUGGACUCCAUUCGACCACCCGGCGAUGGGGCGAGGUGUGAUGAUAGUCGCCACGAUUCCCGGAGUCCAUCCCCAACAGCCUCCAGUGGCAUUGAGGGUGGUUCCAUUAAGGAUUCCCCGUUGCAAAUUGAUAUGAUGACCGGGGAUUCAUCGAGUAUUGAUACGCAAGACGAUGGCAAUGUCUCCAGCGACCGGAGAUCCAUCCUAGCUGGUGGAGCUGCCAGAGGAUGGCUUCCGGAUGUAGCGGCAAUUAUGUGGAAGCGAAUGCUCGGCGCCCUGGGGGAUGUGAAUGAGAUUCAGAGCCCCAAAUUGCAUGCACAGAUCUUUAGGCAUUUGGUGGAUAUGACGUCGAGCUUGAUAAAGAUUCGUCUCAAUCAGGGCAUUACGAAUGACAAUCAAACAACCCCACAACCACCGGCGCUUGUGCCCCCUAUUGGACUGAUAGCACCCUGGUGCUUUGGGGCCUUGGCGUUGGAUAAUCAGUAUCGCGAAGGGAAAGUCUGUGCGCUGCAGCUGCUCUGUACAAUGGUGAAGAAUUCUCAAUUGAAUGGAAUGACGCAGUUGCCACUUUUCUACAGUGCCCUCCAUCAAGCUCUAACGGGUGUAGAUCGUGAGUUGGCCUACACAGCUCUGCGUUUUCUGGGUGGACCACGCUUUUUGAGUCUCCUUCUACCGGGGCAUACGCUUCUUUUGCUCGAUUUGGUGCAUGCAUCCACCGUCCUGAUAACAUCAUCAAAUUGCGGAAGUCAUGCACCACGUUCGGAAGUUGCUGGGCUCCUUGGAUCGCUUCUUUGCUUCCCAAAGACAUCCCUCCCGAAGCCAGUGCUCAAUCCAUCUGGCCCCCAUGUGGAGUUGAUGGAGUGUCCGGAUCUCCAGGAGCACGUUCUCAAUGUCAUCAUGCGCUGUGCCCGCCGUGAGCCAACAUCCAAAGCCAGAUGCAUUGCAAUUGCUGCCCUGGGGCAGUGGAUUGUGCAGAAUUUAUCCAAUUUCUCCGCAUUUACCGCCACUGCGUCGGGAUUCACGCAGCAAAUUCCCUCCCAAUCGUCACAGCGCCCAGAUGGGCAGACUGUGAUCAAUCCACGGAUAACGGAAGCUGUGCAAAUUAUCCUUCAGGCACUUCAAUUCAAAAAUCGAACAAUAGCCCGCAUUGCGUCGGAAACACUGAAGUUGUGCGCGGAAAAGGGGAAGUCAAUUGCAAAGAUUGAGCGUCUCCCGCAGAUGAUUGUCAAUGCUCUGUGCGUGGCGUUGGAGAUUCAGAACACCAGUCAUCCCAAGGAGAGUGAUAAGGUGGUGAUAAAUUCCCUACUGCUCUGUCUUGGGGAAUUCUGCAUGCAAACCCCAGUUAAGAUUCUCCAGGAGACGUCAAAUGGUGCCGAUGGGGGGUGCACGCUUAUUAUGAAUGUUCUCCGGGUGUUGCAUCACAUUUCCACGGGAACAAAAUUCGAUCGGGUGAAACUCCUCACGGCUGAUGAGGAUUUCGACAUGACAAUCACCGUUGACGAUGCCCGGGAGCAUUUGAACAAUGAGCCAAGCUACCAAACGACGGAAACAACGCAGAAUUGCCUCUUUGCCAUUCGAUUGUGCGCAAAGACCGUUGCAAUGCAUCUUGUGACGAAUUUGGGGCAUUUUCCCAUUGGAAUUGGGGCAUCACGAUUGAGUUCAAUGGUGGAUGAACAGGAUGAUUUGAGUUUGAUGCCAAGUAAUGCUGCUCCCGUGCAUGCCAGGGAGUCCAUUGAUUUGGGUACGCCACAAGUUCUAACAGCACCGAAUUUGCAGCUUUUCAUGCUGAAUAAGAACCUCGUGGCGAGUUUUGUGGAAUUGCCAACGCUCAAACUUCCGGGUGGUGGGAUAACGGCGGGUCUUGUUACGGCUGAUCGGCAGGUGCGUCUUCUGUUGCGCGAUAUAAAUGGUAAAGCAUGUUGGGAUGCAUCAGUUCUCUACAGAGAGCCACGCAUGCAGCAUGGUGCAAGUUCACUUCGGUUCUCAGAUCAACACAGCUCCCUCUCAUCGGGAAUUUCGUCGCAAACGAAGAAUUUUGGGGGUGGAAAGAAUAAUUUUAUGGUUUCCCUGGAUCCACUGACGUCAAUUGUGGGGAUGCCAUUGCCCCCAGUUAGGCAUACGCUGAGGCAUCGUCCACCGGGUCAACUACCCGUUGCAAGUGAUCUCGAACCCGAUUUGGAUCAAUUAGAUGAUCUACUGCAGUAUAUUGGGCACACAAGUCCCGAAUGUUUGGAUGUCAGUCGAACCCCAUUGAAUACAGCUGGUCCCACACCCGUUGGGAAUAACAUUGAAACACAAGCUAUAUCAAUUAUUCUCAAUCAGAAAAACAUUGAACAGGACUACAUUGCAAGGCAUAGUAGCUUCAGUUCAGCCCUCAGUGCGUGCAGUGUCUCCCACAAUGUGCAAUUUGAUAGUUUCACAGAUGAGAAUUUGGAGGAUAGUGUGAGUUCAGCCGGGAGAGGGGAUCCACCCUUUCACUACUGCAGACUUCUCUUCAGCCAUCUGGGGCUGGCUAGUUGGGAGAAGAGGCAGAGAACGAAUCUUCUGACGCGCACUGAUAAACUUCUGCGUGAACUUCGGAAUCUUGAUACGCAAAAAUGUCGAGAGACGCACAAAAUGGCCGUAAUCUACGUCGGAGCGGGGCAGGAGGAUAAGAAUAGUAUCCUCCGGAAUACGUGUGGAAGCAGCACGUAUGAGAUGUUUGUGUCGGCUCUUGGGUGGGAGAUUGAACUUGAAUCCCACAAUGGUUUCCUCGGUGGUCUCCCACGAACGGGAUGUGGCUCAACGGCACCGUACUAUGCAACACCUUUCCUCGAGGCCAUCUACCACGUGGCCACGCGAAUGCCCUCCGACACCCCAGAGGCGAUUCUCAACAAAACACGCCAUCUGGGCAAUGAUGAGGUGCACAUCAUCUGGAGUGAGCAUUCACGCGACUACCGCCGUGAUAUUCUUCCCACGGAAUUCUGCGAUGUCCUCAUUGUUGUCUAUCCGCUGCGAAGUGGCCUCUUCCGCGUGACGGUCAAUCGCAAAGCUGACGUCCCGUGGUUUGGACCAAUAUGGGAUGAAGCCGUAGUUGGGGGUGCAUGCCUUGCGACACUCGUUCGAGCUACAGCCAUCAAUGCCAGUCGUGCCAAGAGAACUUCACUUAAUUUCUAUCAACAGUUCUACGAGGAGAGGCACAGAUCGCUGGAAACAGUGGCAUCGAGGCAUAAAGAGAGUACAACAUUUGAGGAAUUUGCUGGACGGGUUUUUUCACCAAUUCAAUCAUCUACGGUGCCCACGACAAAUACUUCUGGGAAUCCAGGAGGUGCACCACUAGCAGCUGCCCUCAUUGAUCAUCAAAAGAUCGCUUCAAAGAAUUGGAUGCAACAUUUGGAAAUUGGAGGAAGAGAGUCAAACAGUCAACAGAGUGCUGUUAGUGGCACAUCAGCAGAGAAUCCCUCACCACGGCCACUCCGGAAGAUUACGCAUCCCUUCAAGGGGGGCAUAAAGAGGGCAUCGGUGCAGCAUCAUCAUCACCAACAGAGCACCCCUCCGGAUAGUCCAACACUUCCGGGGAGGAAAUUUAAGUAAGAAAAACAAAAACUAAAUCUUCAAUCAAUUAACUUAAAAAACAAUUCUUCUCUGCUCUCCAAGACUUAACUUAAAUAGUGAGAAAAAAAUUUAAAAAAAAAGGGUAUUGUGGGGGAAUAAAUAAAUUCUCUAUUUUAAUUCUUAUAAAAUGAAAGAUCAAAUUCGAUGUCUAUACGAAGCUAAAAAAAAUCUAUCUAAUCUUGUUGUUCACUGAGAGAGAAAUAAUUGUGCGCAAGGGUGGCAUUUCUAAAAUUAUAUUACACAACACACAGAGACUUUUAAGAUGCAAGAAAAAAAGGUAAUAUAAAUUUAAACCUAAACGAUCAAUUAAAUAUUCCAAAUGAAAAAAGUUAUUAAUAUUGUAAGAAUCACAUGGACUUAUUUUAAAGAAUAUUUGUAUUUUUCUCCUUUUUUUUUAUUAAGAAUUUAUUUCGUUCAAUAUUUUAUGUAUUUAUUUAUAGUUGAAGCUUUAUUAUCGCAUGUUUUAUUUUUAUCACUUACAAUUCGCACUAAUUCAUUUCGUUUUAAUGGAAAAUUCAAAAGAAUUGCGUUCUCUUUUAUUUAAAUAUGGACAAAAAAGUAUUAUAUGUAAUUUAAAGAAAAAUGAAAACUUACGUUUUUUUCGUCCAGUAUUCUUUUUAUUGGUUUGUUGGAGGAUAUACUUGUCUAUCGAAGCAAACACAAAAUAAAUGUUAAAGCUUAAAAAAAUAAAAAUCUAUUAAACUUUAAGAAACUUUAUUUCAUUAUUAGUACUCUGCGUUGAUACCACUGCU